CCAGCGUGAUUUGUAUAUAAAGAAUUAUACAAUGCUUUAAAUCCAAGUUGGUUGCUCAAAAGGUAUUAGCUUGUGUGAAAUUUCGUGAAGCUUCCUUCGAUUCUAAUUGUCUCGAAAUCUAGAGAUCAUUCGGUUGCUCAUGUCAUCUACGUGGUUUGUGACUAGUGCGUGCAUCAAAAUUCCUACACAGAGUUGUGACAGAAUAUCCUUUGUUGGAGAAAUCAGUUGGCCACCAUGUCUCAAGAAUUCCUUCCUUUGUGUGAUGUGUUAUUCAACAUCAUUUCGAUGGCGUCGUAUUUUUGCGACGUUGUGUUCGACGUAAUCACUGCCUACACCUUAUAUCAGCAGCAGCAAUAUGUUUGGCUUACCCUGGCCGUACUAUUCAUCACCUCGUCAUUGAUUGUCAGUCAAUUGCUCUCGGCCAAAUGGUUCCUUGAGCGACAUUCAUCCUGCCAACCAACAAACAACGAGGAUAAUGAUGAGAAGGAUGUCAAUAGAGGAUCGCUAAUAGCUAUGCAUUUAGCUGGAAUAGGAGUCUUGUGGCGCUACUCCAAACUCUUCAUCCCAGUGGACUUGCGGAUUGUGAAACACGAAGUGCGUGAUUUGUGCAUGCUACGACUAGUUCAUGCCUUUAUCGAAGCCGCACCUAUGUUGCUAGUGCAAUUAUACUUGAUAUGGCUCAAACCACAUCGCGACGAUGUCAAAGAUUUGAACAUAGUGUCUACGGUGUUGUCGCUGGUCAGCGUCUGUUGGGCUUUAGCCUCCUUCAACAAAAACGUUCGUCGCCAAAACGUUCACAAAUUGGUACUCACCUGGCUGGGUGUCAUCUUCCAAUUCCUUUGGCGACUAGGAACCGUAACGUCAAGAGCGAUCGCCUUAACUGUCUACGCCACUGUAUAUGGUUACUGGGUCUUUCUGGUGAUCGGGCUUCAUUGGCUCAGCAUGUUUUUUUGGCUAAUAUCACCACGCAACGUCUUCCAUGGUGACAAGAUGUCCAAGAUAAAGAAAGACGCCUAUUGCGCUCUGAUUGCUGUCGUCUACAUCUUCUGCUACGUCAACUUGCAGCACGUAAAUCCACGAAUGAAGAUGGCUGCAUUUUACGUAACAAUGUUUCUGGAGAACACCCUUCUAGUGGCCGUCUGGCUAAUCGGCGUUCACCGCGAUGAGCCUUGGUAUCACGAGUUAGCUACUGUCACUAUGUUUCUUUCAUUCGUCGUCGGCGUUUUCUUCCUGGGCAUUUAUUAUCGAUACUUUCACGUCAAGCGGCUGAGUUACCCAUCGACGGGGUCAUACCCGACGAACAAUAACCCACCCGAGCCAUAUUCUUACGUCACGCCUUCUGGCACCUACGUCGUUAGCGAAAGCAUUUCAAAUCCGGAUGGUCUAUCAAAGAACAAUAGCAACAAUCCAAAUUCCGGGACGUUCAUCAAGCAAAAUGGCCAUACAGUGUAUUGCACUGAUAAUCCACACUACGUGCCCGGCGUGUUUAAUUGCCGAUUCAAUCCCGCGAUGAUGCGCAAGAAGAAAAAGCCGACGACAUUCGUCCCCCCACCCGUGCCAGUUUUACCUUCCAUGACAGUGAACGGAGGAGGCAAAAUGUCACAACCGUUCUGGAAACGGCCUUUGCAUCCGCGUUCCGGCUCGAGUGAGAACGAAGGAAGUAUUUGCUCUCGUAUAGAUAUCCAGCUCAAGUUGCAGGAAAAGAAGCGCCAACAGCUGGCAGAGCUUCGUGUAAUUGAAGAGGAAAUCAAACAAGGAAAGCUCAAGAGGCCACCGCAGAGCGAUGUCAGCGAGUCUGGCACGCUCAAGCAGCCCAUCCCCCGCUCUAAAAAACAGCCGUGGCCCAGUGGUCCUUCGGUGCCCGAACCGCCCAUCUUUGCCUACGGCUCUCAAGGUGAAUCAGGACAUCGAAAAUACCGAUCAAAGACUCCAGAAAUCCUUCUAUCAGCGCAUCAUUUGGAACAUUCGCGAGUAUAUUACGAUUAUUGCGAUCCCCGCUGGAGAAAUGGGCCGUCAUACCACCCGCAGGGCUCAGUGGAGUCUGGUACAGCUCAAUGGGAUCGAACGUACACGGUGACAUCCGUGAGUUCCAAAAGCGGUGGCGGUGGCGGCGGUGUCAUUUACAAAUCCUACCGCAACCCGUCUGACAUUGACAGUCAAAUCUCACUGCCGCGGUCGUAUACGCUGCCGCGUGAGUUCAAGUACAAGAAGCCAAAGUCCCGCAAAGCCAUCCGCACGGAGCAUUUUAUUCAUUCGACAAAUUCCAGCGAUGGUGACGUCGAUUCGGCAGACGACAAUGACGUGGACGAAACACCAGGUUCGGUUAUGCCGCCUUCCCUGCCGCCUCAUCCACACGCGCUUCCGUACGCUUACGGCAACCGCAAUCAAAUGCAAUCACCCUUCAGAAGCUGGGGCUUGCCCAAUCAGCACGAAACGAAGCUUUAAAAAAUAAAAAAAACAACCGACAGGAAGACCUUUUCAUUUCUGUAAUACCAGACGCAAUUACCCCAACAGAGAAGAAGAAAAACAAGAAAAAAACAUGAAACAUUAAAAACUCCACCGUGAAAUGCUCACUCUCCGUUUACGGGUCGUCUCCAGGACUUGGUUCCUUUUGUUGUUGUUUAUUGUUACCGCUCCCUUUUCCCUCAUUCUCAUCAUCUUGUUUUUUUGUUGUUUUUUUUCCUUCACCUAAACUCAACCCACCUUGCACAAUCCGUGAAAGAUAUUGACCAAAAGUUUACCUUUUUCUCGAUUUUGACGCAAUGUCAUGAAAACGAAGUAUUUUCGGCGAGGUUUUUGUUGUUUUGUUUCGAAAGUGAUUGAUUUUCAUGCGUUUGUGUGAUCAGCGGACAGGCAUUGUUUUUUUUUUGUUUUUUUCCUGGAAUUGGUUGUACAGUUCCGUCCAUGAUGACGUUUUGUGUUUAUUUUCUACCGCAUGCGCAUUUUUUUUUUUUGACAAUUUUGAUUUUGCUACGAAGUUGUUAUUGAAGGCCUUUUUUUUGUAAGCGCCGUGUUUCAUACUUUCUGUAACCAGAAGUGCCACAGGUGAAAAGUUUGUUAUUAAUUCAUUGUACCGUGUUUCUCUAUCGACUGAGCCAACUGUAUUUAAGACUACAACUCCAGAGACGGACAAAAAAAAAAACAGAAACUCACAACGAAAAGAAAAAUGGCCGACCCCGACCAAAAUUGUUUUUCUCUUCGUGCUACGCAAAAAGAAAAUUAAUAAAUAUUCGUUGUCGCUCUAUUAUUGCAAUUCAGAUGACGUGCUUUUUUUCAGUUGAUUGUUUCCUGAAUUAUAUCUAUUGAUGAAUCAAA